UAAAACGCAAACGAGCACAUCCCUCCUUUAGAAACCUAGAAUACAGUAAAAAAGAAACAUGAUGGAGGAUCAUCCGACAGGCUUCAGGUUCUAUCCAACGAAGGAAGAGCUCAUUUCUUUCUAUUUGCACAACCAGCUCGAGGGCUCGCUACAAGACCGGCUCCGCCGGAUCAUUCCGGUAUUCAACAUCUACGCCACCGAGCCGUGGAAUCUCCCAGAGCUUUCCGGAGAGCUGUGCAGAGAAGACAAAGAGCAGUGGUUCUUCUACGCUCCGAUGCAGGAGAGAGAAGCCAGAGGAGGGAGACCUAGCAGAAGCACGGCAGUGGGUUACUGGAAGGCGACCGGGUCGCCCGGUUACGUCUACUCGUCGGACAACAAAGUGAUUGGGAUGAAGAAGUCCAUGGUCUUCUACGUGGGUAAAGCUCCAACAGGAAGAAAAACCCAAUGGAAAUUGAACGAGUAUAGAGCCAUAGAAAUAAUCUCACCUCCCAAUUCCAAUUCUUCAAGUUCUAGUAUGCCCGCGUUUAGGUUGAGGCAUGAGUUCGCGUUGUGCCGCGUGUAUGUUGUGUCUGGGAGCUCCCGAGCAUUUGAUCGUCGGCCAAUGGAGCUGGUGGUUGCAGAGACAAUACAAGGUGGAGAUGGUGGAAGUGGCAGAGGCGGCGGCGAUGGCGGAUUGAUGUCCUCAUCAAGAUCAGUGAUAGUAAAUAAUGCUGGAAUUUCCAGUAACAUGGAGACGGCUAGUAUGGAAACAGAAGAACCUAUAUGGGAUUGGGAAGAACUCAGUUGGUUUUAA